GUCAGCCUCUGCUCCCCUGGAGGAUCUUGUCGAGGGGGCCUGGCCCCUUGAGACUGUACACUUCCCAAUCAAAAAGGGAACAGCCAUCAUGCAUGGCACCCUCGACCCGAGGGAGUUCUUGAAGGGUGCCACUCCCUCGGUAGAUCGGUCCACCCUCAGCCGGUUUGGGGAUGAAGCCCUCGAACUCAAGGCUCUCCAAGCUUCGGCCACCGCGAGCCUGGCCUUCGGGGAACUGGUUCGUAGGGCGGAGCAGCAUCGCCUUGAGAGGGCUAAAUCCGCCGAGGUGACGAGGAAGCUGGUGGCCAACAAUACUGAGGCCAUUCGGCAGCUGGCGAAUUUGGAGGAGGCCCUCCGGCAGGCGGAGAAGAAACUGGAGGCAGCCAAGGAGGAAGCCCGGGCCGAGGGGAAAGCUGAAGCCGAGAGGGCCGCUGCUGAGUCCGCUAGGAUAGCCGCCGAGAAGGCUGAGGAGGCUAAAGCGGAAGCUAUCUCUAAGGCCAGGGAGGAGGCGGUGGCGGCUUUUAUUGCCGACGGCUGGAAGGCCGAAGAGCAGAAGCAGUGGGUGGCCUCAGUGGUGGAGGCUUCUGCCGAUGGCUGGGUGAAGGGGUCCGGGGCCAUGUGGUUGGCGCUGAAAGGCAAAAGUUUCUUCGAAGGCGGACAGUACUUCACUCAAGCCCUGAUUUAUCGCAAGUUGGCCCGGCACCAUGGGGUGGACCCGAAAGAGUUCGACCCGGCCCCGUUUGGUCUUCCCCCUCUGCUUCCUGACCUCCAAACCCCCAUGCCCGAAGGCGAGGAGAGGCCUUUGCUCGAGGACUCAGAGAUGGACAAGCUGGCCUCGGAUGAUGAGGAAGAAGCUGAGGAUGAUGCAGCCUCGAAACUGAAGGAUGACGUCACCGGGGGGGGCCAGGCUUGAGAUUUUACUUGCCAUAUUUUGAUGUAAUAGUUGUAGGCCUCGGCCUCGGCCUUAUUUGUAAACAAACAUCCUUUGUUAACACUGUUUUUUUUUUAAUGAAUGCAAUAUGCCUCCGGGCUUCUUAUAUGAAUGAAUGUGCCUCCAUGUUUUGUCUGCCUUCGUUCCUUUUCCUUAUGAAUGAAUGCCUUUCGUCCUUUUUGCGCUUGUGUUUCAAUUUGCUGCCUCCGUGUAUGAAUGUAUGCUUUUGUUUCCUUCCGUAUGUUUGGCAGAGGGCAAAACUUUGUGGACUUAGAAUAUUUUCUAAGUAGAACCUGGCCACAGCCUUCGGCUGCACUGUAGAUUCGCCGGGGCUCAUCAUUGUGGACUUAGAAAAUAUUCUAAGUAAAAACUAGUUGCAUUGCAGGCCCUCAUUAUAGUAGCGUGACUCUCGGCCGG